UGUAAAAUGUACUUGUGCUAUUGCAAAUAGUCCAAAUCCUAUCAAUGGCUGUUUAUGCGAAGUCAUAUUGAUAUGUAAUUGUGUCCCUUAUCAUUUACAAGAAGUCAAAGAAUCGUCAUAAAAAAAAAUACAAAUGCCGCCCUUUUUUUCUCUUUUUCUUUUUCCUUUCUUCUGUUUCUUAUGGAUACUUCCAAUUCACCAUUGAUAACAGCUCUAUAUGGACACUUAGAAGCCAGUAUUUAUCUUGUACAGGUUGCCCUUAAACUUGAAUGGACUAUUUUUAGUCGCCUGUUGACAGGUUUAAUGGUAUUGACUUUUAGUUAUAUCGUCUAUAUCUUGAUCACCUUAAAAGACGGACGCCACCCACUUGUCAUUUGGGAAAAACUCGGGAAACCAGUUGUCAAGAUAUUCCGACCUUGGACAUUUGCCCGCUUAUUAAAUAACAGUGACCCUUAUGCUAGUUCAAUUGAUAUGCGCGUCUCCACUUUUUCACGUGGAUUUUGUACGGCUAUUAUGCGGGAUCAUCAUAGCACACAUCAUACACAAAAAGGUAUUCACCCAACUGCAUUGGCUACAUUUGCAGAAACAAUAGGUGGUUUGGCUUUGUUGAGUAAUUUGAGAAAGAAAGACAAGGCCAUCUUAACAUCAAUAAAAAUGGAAUACAAAAAAAAGGCACGCGGCUUAUUGACUGCUUCUUCGGACUAUACACUUCCGAGUGAUUUGGCAGAAGGACGCCAUGAUAUUAUAACUCAAGUAGUAGUCAAAGACCGUAUGUUAGAUACAGUAGCUAUAGGCUAUCUUGUGUGGUGCGUAGAGAUUAAAAACGAAUAAAUACAUGUUUGUAUACAAACAAGAUGAAACACUACCAGUUUAUACAUAUUCAAGAAAAGUGCCUUU